AUGCAUCAGAGACAGUAUCCAAUCAUAGUAGCUUAUGCAUUGACAGAUUAUCGAUCGCAGGGACAAACUAUGAAAAAUAUGUUCAUUGACAUGGCGAGGCCUCCGACAGGAAAGCUGAGCCUGUUCAAUUUAUAUGUUGUGCUUUCGUGCAGUCACGGCCGGAAAACAAUAUGGAUACUCAGGAAUCUCAAUGAAAACAUGUUUCAUGAACCUCAUGACGAGAGAUUGUUGAUGGAAGAUGAAUGA